GCGUGUCCGCUCGCCUCCUAGCUUCCUUCCUCCCUCCCUACCUUCCCAUCCGCCCCUGUCCGCUGACUCAGUGCCUUAGCAGCAUCUUCUUCCACCUGAGCAGAGCAGACAUCCUCCUCUCCGGAGAAAUACACUAACUACUUAAACAAACAUGGCUAAAACAGCGACCGCGUACAAGGAGAAGAUGAAGGAGCUUUCCGUCCUCUCGCUCAUCUGCUCCUGCUUUCAUCCGGAGACGCGCAACAAGCUUGCACGCGAGUUUGAAGACAUGGAAGUGAAGCCAAUCAACAAGCGGGCCUCCGGGCAGGCCUUCGAGGUGAUCCUCAAGCCCCUGUCUCCAGUAUCAGAAGUCAUCCACAGCCUGGCAUCUUCUCCCAAGAGAGACAUCUCCUUGGAUGACAUCGAGAAGAAACUGGAGGCGGCCGAAGAGCGGAGAAAGUACCAAGAAACUCAAGUGCUGAGGGCUUUGGCGGAAAAGCGAGAGCACGAGAGGGACGUGCUGUUCAAGGCCCUGGAGGAGAACAACAACUUCAGCAGGAUGGCCGAGGAGAAGCUCCAGAUGAAGAUGGAGCAGAUCAAGGAGAACCGAGACGCCCAUUUGGCCGCCAUGCUGGAGCGUCUACAGGAGAAGGAGAGACACGCAGCGUUGGUGCGUAGGAACAAAGAGCUGCGGGACGAGCUGACACCCUGAGGGGACGCACGGACGGACGCACGGAUCCAUCCAUCCUCACCCAGUUCCCCUUCAUCCAUUCGCUACCCACCCUGCUCUCAAGAGCCCUCUACAGACACGCAAACCUGGAAACCCCGAGAGGUGGAGGACCUCACCACCAAUCACACAACACUCACCUGUCAAUCAAUUAUCCCCUAUCCGUCAGUAUUAGUUCGGAUUUCUUGAUUUUACAGAGGGAUCUUAUUUUGUAAAUAUGAUUUAUGGUUUCUUCACUGUAAGUUGGAUGUAGACGACGUUUGCAAUGUAUUCCUGAUGCUGAUGAUGUUUUAUGUCACGCGUACCUAAUAUACAGACCAACACCUGUAUUGUCAUCAUGCACGCUUUGGAAUGUAUACAAUACAAACAAACCUGCUAUGAA